AUGGCGUUCACCGGCUCCGAGGUCCGCGCCGCGCUCGCCGGGCUUCCCGAGUCUGCGUUCGGGGUCGACUCGCUCGAGAAGCGUGCGGCCUGGGUCGACUACGUGAUGUCCGUGGACGAGGAGCCGAAGAACAAACACGAUUUGUUCUUCUACGCCAGCACGGCCCGCGUGCUCGCCGACGUGGCGGGGUCGGUGGAGCCGGCAGACAUCUGCGACGCCCAUAUGCGCCAAUUCAUCAUUUCGGGGAUGGCGGUUAACACGAAACCCUUCCCCGACGAGAGCGAGGGCGUUCAGUGGAAGGCCUUCGUGGUCAAGCCGGCUCACGUCAACUUGGCGUUAAGGGUCCAAUCAAAGGCCCAGCAGUCAUCGGCCGCGAGCGCGCCGGGCCCGAGUAGCCAGGCAGACCAGACGGCGCAGGCCAUCGCCAAGUGGGCGGAGGUCCAGAACGCAAAGGCCGAGAAGGAGGCCAAGCGCGGCACCUCGAGCUUCAACCUGGAGGCCAGGGUGACGGAGGUUGGGUUGCAGUGCAUCCAGAAACUGUCGCCGGAGUUGCUCCCUACCGAGGAGUCUCUGUUGCGAAUGGAGAACCUUGCCUCCGCCAAGGUCGCAAGAGACAAGAGCCGCAAGUGGGUCGGGUCCUCCGAGGGCGAGGAUCUGAUCGUCAACUUCCGGCCCGGCUUCUCCAAGACACCCAAGCUGGACUUGCCCCUCGGGUCUGGCUCACUGGACGACAAAGCGCGGGAUGCCCGGGAGGCAAAGCGCGCCCGCACUGCAGAGGAGCGCACUGGCUUCCUGGGCUUCGCCAACUUCAUGGGCCACCUGCACGACUGGGGCCUCAAGAUGGUGCUGUCCAAGGUGAUCACCCCGGUGCAGUUCUGGGCCUACGAGCUCCAGCUGGUCAAAAUGUCAGAGGAGCAGGGUGGCGGCCGCGUCGUGUUCUAUUACGACAUGCUCCUGCGGCAGAAGCUCGCCCACGCGCUGGAGCUUGGCCAGAACGACCAGAUCGAGGCGCUCCUCUGCAAGCUCGACAGGGAUGCGUUGCAGGACGCCAAGCACCAGGUGUCGAAGCGCGCCGAGGAGGCCAGCCGGGUGACCGGGAAGCAGCCCGCCGCUGCUGGCGGCAACGCCGGGGCGCCCAAGGGUGACCAGAAGGGCGGCAAAGGCGGCGGCGCCAAGACCUCGCCGGCCCCGGCGUCGCCCGUGCUGCAGCGCUCCAGGAGCCCGGCGGCGAGCAGGAAGCCGAAAGGCAAGGGCGCCGGGGGCAAGGGGCCCGAGCAGAAGUGGGAGCAGAAUUGGGGCAAGAAGCAGGCCUGGAAGCAGCCCGAGCAGAAGUGGUCGAACUGGUGCACCGGGGUGUUGGAGACCCCCGAGGCGUACAGGACCCGCCAGCUGGCAUUCUGGCGGCACCGCCAGCGCGUGACGGCUCCAGCGUGGCUGGCUCAAUACGCGGGCCUGCCCGCCCACGUGCGGUCCAUCCUGGGGCCGGAGAAGAAUUCAGGUGGCGAAGAGUGCGAAAUGCUCGAGGCGGCCGGCUCGCCGGACCUCGCGCUACCGACAGAUCUGGCGUACGGUUUCCCCCUCGUCGGGGAGAUACCACGCAGCGGCGUUAUGCGCCCGCGCGCUGGGCUGCCCGGUGAGUCCCCCGAGCAGCUUCUCCAGGGCGCGCCGGAGCAGAACGAACGCAUUCUUGAGAGAGUCAGAGCAGCAAGGCCAUCGGAUGUUAACGUGGCCGAGGCCUUGCGCGAGCGCGCGCGCGUUGAAGUGGGGGCCGGCCAGGCUGGCUGGCGCCCGCUGCCGCCCGACCUCGCCGGCGUCGUGCUCUCGCCGCGCUUCGCUGCCGACGAGGGUUGGCGGGUCGUGGACGGCCGGUGGCCCCUGAAAGUACGGGCCAUCGAUGACCUCACAGCCUCUGGGGUCAAUUCCACGGCCGCGGCGCUGGAGUGCAUUGAGCACGAGACGCUCGAUGUCCUGGCAGCAACCGUCCAGGCGUUAGUCGCUGGCGGGACCGGCGUGGAGCACAUCCGGUUCCGGAAG